AGAGCGCAUUUUAUACAACUGUGCUGAGUGUUGUUGCUGCAGCUAUUUGGACUCUUUUGUUCUUCUGUCUUCCUUCCUUUUUCCAUGAUCCAAAGCUUCCAUUUGAAUGAAUCUUCUCAACUUCUAGAGAGAGAAACCUCCCACAAAUUUAGAGAGAGAAAGUGACCUCAUAGGAGAGAGAUACUACCACUCUCAGUUACGCAGCGGCCGUGUCGGUAGAGAGAGAAAGUAGGAUAGGACUGAGAUUUUUCUUCAAUUUCUGAAACAACAAAAACAAAAAUCUUGCGUUUCAAUGGAGUUUUACUGCUAAUAAUACCGAGAAUUGGAGCUUCAAUAAUAACUCGAAUGAAGCAGAGAUACCAAACCAAAAAACAACCAUAAAUUAUGUGCAGAUCUUGCUCGUGUUUCAACAUCGAAGCGGAAACAAAUUGUUCUCAUCUUUGUCAUAUAAUGGAAUUCGAAGCUUUCGUGCUCGAAUUCCGAUUUUAACUUCCACUCAACCUUCAACUUAAUUGUUCAAAGGUUUUUUUUCCAAUUUUUUUUUGUUGUUGGAGAAAUUUCUGACUUUUUGGAAUUGUUAUAUAACUCAACACUGAAAUAUAGAGAAAAUUUAAUGGUUGAAUUUGUCGGCAAUGCUCAAAUUCUGGGUGAAAUGGUGGUAUAUUUUGGGAUUUGAUUGAUUAAUUUAUCUUUCAAUUGGGAGCUCCUGUGCUAUUGACAAGUUUUCCAUAGAUGACAUGCCUAUUGAGUUUUUGUACUUUACAGAAAGAAAUUGAUUAAAAAGUGUGUUGUGGGUUGGAAUUUGGUUGAUUAGUGUUGGGUUUGUGUUGGAUAUUCUGCCAUGAUUACUUUUAUGGAUCCGAAGGAGAAAAUAAAAGAGGCUGAUAAUUGUUUAGAUUCACAAUUGUGGCAUGCUUGUGCUGGAGGGAUGGUGCAAAUGCCACCAGUGAGCUCAAAGGUUUAUUACUUUGUACAAGGUCAUAUAGAACAUGCUAAUGGAAAUGUGGAUUUUAGGAGUUUCCCACGAAUUCCGUCAUAUGUUCUUUGUAGAGUUGAAGAUAUACGAUAUUUGGCUGACCAGGAGACGGAUGAAGUGUAUGCGAAGAUUCGAUUAAGUCCUGUUACUAAUGAGGUAGAUUAUAGUGAUGAUGAUAUUGGAGUUCAUGGGACUGAAGUGCAAGAAAAUAAGCCUGCUUCAUUUGCUAAGACUUUGACUCAGUCUGAUGCUAAUAAUGGGGGAGGGUUUUCUGUUCCUCGUUAUUGUGCGGAAACAAUAUUUCCGCGGUUAGAUUAUUCAGCGGAUCCACCAGUUCAAAACAUUCUAGCAAAGGAUGUUCAUGGCGAGCCCUGGAAAUUUAGGCAUAUAUAUCGAGGGACACCAAGGCGUCACUUAUUAACUACUGGUUGGAGUACAUUUGUGAAUGCUAAGAAGCUAAUUGCUGGGGACUCCAUUGUGUUUUUAAGGGCUGAAAAUGGGGAUUUAUGUGUUGGGAUUCGAAGAGCAAAGAGGGGACUCGGUGGCGGACUUGAUUCAACUUCUGGAUGGAACCCAGGAUCUACUGUUUUGAACUAUGGUGCUUUCUCAGCUUUUCUUAGAGAGGAUGAGAACAGGAUUGGAAGAAAUGGUAAUGGUGUUGGUUUGAACUCAAGUGGUAAUCCAUCAGCUAAGGGGAAAGUGAAGUUGGAGUCUGUACUCGAAUCUGCAACUUAUGCUUCUAAAGGGCACCCCUUUGAAGUUGUUUAUUACCCUAGAGCAGGUACUCCUGAGUUUGUCGUCAAGGCUGGACAUGUUAAGGCAGCGCUUCAAAUUCGUUGGUGUUCAGGAAUGAGGUUCAAAAUGCCUUUUGAAACUGAAGACUCUUCAAGGAUAAGUUGGUUCAUGGGCACCAUAUCCUCAGUUCAGGUUGCUGAUCCUAUGCACUGGUCUGACUCGCCUUGGAGGCUUCUUCAGGUAACAUGGGAUGAGCCAGAUUUGCUGCAAAAUGUGAAACGUGUUAGUCCGUGGCUGGUAGAAUUGGUAUCUAAUAUGCCUACCAUUCACCUUUCCCCCUUCUCCCCACCGAGGAAGAAAUUUAGACUUCCUCACCACCCAGAUUUUCCCAUGGAUGGCCAACUUCCGGUCCCCACAUUUCCCGGAAACUUCCUUGGGCCAAGCAACCCUUUCGGAUGUUUACCCGACAAUUCUCCUGCUGGCAUGCAGGGAGCCAGGCAUGCUCAAUUCGGUCUUUCACUGUCCGAUCUUCACAUGAGUAAAUUACAGUCGGGUCUCUUUCCAGGUGGUUUUCCAGCACUUGAUACAACAAAUACACUACCCAAUAGACCCUCAAGUUCAUUAAGUUAUCAUAAACCCGGAAGCAACGAGAAUAUAUCUUGCUUGCUCACUAUGGGAAACACAAACCAAUCGGUAAAGAAAUCUGAUGUGACAAAACCACAUCAUUUUGUGCUCUUCGGAAAACCAAUUUUGACAGAGCAGCAAAUGUCUCUAAGCCGAUCAGUUGACACAGUAUCACCAGUUCCUACAGGUAAUAGUUCAUCAGAAGGAAAUGUGGACAAGGCUGGUAAUGUUUCUGAUGGUUCUGGGUCAGGACCCAACCAGGAUCGCUCUUCUAUGGAACGACUUCCAUGGCUCAAGGACAACCGCCCAGAAUUAGACUUGGAGCUGGAGACUGGUCACUGUAAGGUAUUCAUGGAAUCAGAGGAUGUUGGACGUACUCUUGAGUUAACAUUGUUAAACUCUUACGAAGAACUUUGCACAAGGCUGGCAAACAUGUUUAGCAUAGAGACUUCUGAUAUGCUCAACCGUGUAGUCUACAGAGACAGUGCAGGCUCAUCAAAGCAAAUCGGAGAUGAACCAUUCAGUGAAUUUGCUAAAAGAGCAAAGAGGCUAACGAUCCUGAUGGAUUCCAGCAGCGAUAACACAGGAGCAUAGAAGCAUCAUAACAAGAAUAAUAACACGAGUGCAAUUGUACAGGUAGUAGAUCUUAUGGUUGUUUCUAGGUGAUGAACCCUCUUAUGUGAUUGAUGCAGUUGUGGGACGACCACAUAUGAGCCAAAUUUUGCUCCUCUUAAUGUCGAAUCUUCACAUUAUCACUAUUUUCUUACCUAUAAAUUUUCCCCAAGGAUAAUGAUACAUUUAAUGGGUUUCGUUUGUUGCCAUAUCUAUGUAUCUAUUUCUAUGCGUGCAUUAAUUUCGCGCUACAGAAAAGUUUUCUAUUAACACAGAUGGUCUUAGAAAAAUGAUCAAGUCUUCUACUUCAGUCUCUUGGUUUGGCUAGUUGCUAUUAUAA